AUGCAUAUGAUUAGCCUUGGAGUCACAGAUCACUUAGGCAUGAACUUCUUUGGAUAUAGCCCAUUUUCUUUGCAUUCCUCACCUGCGUCUUGGGAAGAAAAUAUUCUCAUAAUGAAAAUCCUACUGACGCAUGAUCCUGAUGGUCGUCACCUAGAUUCUGAGCUACUACUUUGUGCAAUGGUGAAUGUUAUGUGUUACACUGCUACAUCAGAAGUACAAUUCAAUUUUCGGGUUAGCAACUUCCAUAUUGAUGCCAUUGCAGAGAAUGAUAUAAGCAACAUUGAAGUAAUUGGAACAGAAAAAUCACUAAGACAGAUCAUCUGUAAAAUUUCACAUGAGAUGCUUUUCAAAAACGCUGGAAAGGGGGAUCUGCACACGAGGACUAUGGUCUUGUUCGAUUUGCUGGGAAAUUACAGAUGGGAUGCCAAAGUAGCAUUAAUAUUUGCAGCAUUUGCAACAAGCUAUGGUGAAUUUUGGCUGAUAAUGCAGCUAUACCCGGCAGUAUCAAUUGCAAUGCUUAAACAGGUACCCAAUGAAAGCAUGUUAAAGCCUAGGUUUAAGGCAUUAAGCAACAAGUUGGUCAAGACAAUGGUGCAUGUGACAAAGUGCAUUAUCAAGUUUGAAGACCUGCCACUUAGUCAUGUAAAGCUUGACGAUGAAGCAAUGGCAAUUGCAAAGUCUUAUAUCUACAUAGCUUCUUACUGGGUCACAAGAAGCACAUUGGCUUGCUCUUCCCAAAUCAGAGACUUGAUAGCCAGGAAGCCUAAGCAAGUAACUUCAAAUCUAGCAGUACUUGCAUUAUGGCAACUAAGUCUGGUAUAUAGGUUGAGUGGCAUGUACAGUUGCUUCAGUAGGCAAGUUGAUUCGUGUCAUCAUCAAAUAGAGUCAAAAUUAUAUCAGAAGUUGUUAAACCUUUUGCAGGAGGUCCAUGCUGACAACCAAGAGGUCCUUGGCAUGUUAUUGUGUCUGAAAGAUGAAUUACCACUUAAGAAUUCUUCUACACAAGAAAAGCUAGGUGUGUCUCAACUGAAAGACAAGGUAGUUGUACUUUUGGUCUAAGAGCUCCUUCCACUAGAGGGAUUAUUUCUGCUGGUUCAUCAAACAUAUGAUCAUCCUCCCUACAAUAAAGUAGAGGAAAGUUAUGAACUUGUAUUGGUUCCAAUUUCAUUUUCUGAUAAAUGGUCCUACGAUGAAGCAGAAAGAUUCAACCUUUUAUCGAACUCAUUGCCAUGGUACUCAAUCCGGCGACCUUGGUCACUCAACUCUGCAGUGGUGAACUACAUAAAACAAUUAUGGAACUUUAAAGAUGACCCUCUUAUGGUGGUGUUGAAUUCACAAGGAAUGGUUACAAAUUCAAAUGCAAUUGAUAUGAUACUGAUCUGGGGUGCCAAAGCAUUUUCAUUCUCAUCGUCAAGAGAAAAACAGCUCUGGGAAGAAGAGAGUUGGACUCUGCAACUUUUGGUUGAUGAAAUUGAUCCCCUUUUAACUAGAUGGGUAUGAUAAGGCAGAAACAUUUGCAUUUAUGGAAGUGACAACCCAGACUGGAUCAGAGAAUUCAAUGCUAAAAUGAAAGAAAUUAGAAGUGUUGGUGUACAGAUUGAAAUGGUUUAUGUUGGCAGUAGGCAUCUGAGUGAACGUGUGAGACACAUUUUAGCUACAAUCAAUGAAGAAAUGCACAGUAGUUUGUUCUCUUACGAAAUGCAUUUCUUUUGGCUUCGGUAGGAGAGUAUGAGAAGAUCAAUAUUUCGGCCACAACAAUCAAUCAGCUCAGAUCAUAUUCAGGAAGCAGUGUCUGCUCUGCUAGAUAGUACUGAUGAGGGAUGGGCAGUAAUAGGGAAAGGAAAUACAACAGAUAUUGUAAAGCUUCAAGGAACAAAGACAAUGGAAUGCUUGAAUAAGUUUUCAGGAUGGGAAGAAAAUGUCAUAAAGUUAGGAUUUUUGGGUGCUCUCAGAAGUGCCCUUGAAGAAGCAGCUCCUCUCCCAGGGCCUUGCAACAAUUCUAAUAUUGUUCCUUAUAUAUCAGUUGAAGAAAUUGUAGUGUGCAGCAAGGGUAAGCGUCCAAUGGAGAAGUAUGUUGUAUAUGAAUGAAAUGAGAUCAAUUAGGAAACGUCUACUAUGUUGCCUUAAUUUGAAUGUCGUUUUCAGAUGAUUUACUAAUUGCUGAGCAAUCAUAAACAAACUAGUGAUGGUUAUAAGCAUUGGUAAAACCCGCUGUGUCUCCCUGCAUAUCAAGUUUUUUUGAUUAAGCUAAAUUAUUAG